AUGUCGCACUCGGCUUCUUCGUCUUCCACGACCGACCUGUGGGGCAUAGAUUUCCCCGAGAACUCUGACGAUGUUCACGUCACGCAUGUCCUGGCCGACCCUGACGCUCAUUUUGACUUUGGUUCGGACGACGGCCUAGCCGUGCCCAAGGUCGAGCCGAUGGAAGAGGACGUCCGCCUGGAUGAAAUCAAAGAGGCCCCUCCGACCCCCGUCCCGAGCAACACCAGUCCCACCAUGACCCAGCCGAAGCCGAAGCGCCCUAGAGGCCGACCUCGAAAGCACCCAUUGGCCCCUGCCUCUGCCUCGAACAAGAUCACAAAGGGUCGGUCCAAGACCGGGUGCCUAACCUGCAGGAAGCGUAAGAAGAAGUGCGACGAGGCCAAGCCAAGAUGCAUGAACUGCGAGAAGAAUGCCGUCGUCUGUGAGGGCUAUCCGGAGAAGCAGAUAUGGAGAAGUGGCAAGGAUAGACUUGCCGAAGGUGCGUACGCAGACGCCAGUGGUGGCGUGACGACUUAUGACUUCAAUGCAGAGGACAUGAUCUUCUGGAAGCACUACCACGCCCACCUCAGCACAGUCCUCACCGUCGAGGGCGAGCACAAGAACGCAUUCAAGGAUCUGCUCAUCCCCAUUGCCACGAAACACCGGGGCCUCAUGCACUCCAUCCUCGCACUUGCCAGCAAACAUCUUGACUUCGAAACACCCUACGGCCUCAAGAUCCUCAAGGACAAUCCCAACACCACACUCGAGGCACUCCGGCAGAGGUCGGACUACCACCAUGAGAAGGCCAUGGAAAAAUUCUACGAGGACAUCGCCCGCUCCCAGGGCGCUAAUAGGGACGACCCAGAGUACUCGACCAUCUUGUCAGCCCGCUACGGUCAGAUGAUCUGCCUGCUUCUCGAGGCACUUGCAGAGGGCAACCCCCGUGGCGAGCACAGGGUGCACCUUGGUGGUUACCAGAGACUGAUCCAACACUCCCCGCCAGAGGACCCCGCCUUUCUUUCCUUCAUCAUGGAGUUCUUCCAGUACCACAUCUUUGCCGACGAGCUCAUCCGCUUUCCUCAGCCACUCACUCCGAGGCUGGCCUCGGCUGACUGGGCACCUAUUACCAGCAUACACCCCCCUCGGCUGCUGGGUGUCGCAGAUGGCUUGUUCAACUACCUGUGCCAGAUCACCUCGCUGAGGGACACCAUCCGAUCCAACAUGGCCGCUGGCGUGGACCCUGUUGUGGACUACACAAGUCUGUAUCGAGCAGCCGAGAUCGAUGCAGCGAUCCGGGACUGGCAGCCAUGCUGGCCACCCGGAGACAGCAGAGAUCGUGUUUCGCUUCUAUACAAGCAGAUGAUGUGGGUCUAUCUGUUCCGCACAAUCUACCCGCCCUCGCCCAUGUCUCCACCGUCGUCGGCGAACGUGUCCCUGUUUCACGGUUCUGCUGCCGGCUCUGGAGCGGCCCACACGCCUCCUACUUCCGGACACAACAGCAGCUGCUCCUCGCCGUCCAUGCGGCCUCGCACGUCGGCAUCAACUGUGCAUCCCCAGCCUGUUCGUCGCCACACCAUCGCCAACUACAGCAUCUCCCCGCUUCCCCCUCCUCCCGCCAGACACCACCAGCACACGUCAAGCCUCGACUCGACUCGCCAGUAUCAACACGGCACCACCUCGCCCCCGCCUUCCCGCCAUCCCCCCAAUCAUGACCCCAGGAUCACUCUUGCCGUUGAGGAGUCACUCUCCAUACUCGACUCGUUUAAGCCCAGCGACCCUUCUCAGAAGCUUCUCCUAAUCCCAUGUCUCGUCAUUGGCACAGCAUGUUUCUCCCCUACACAACAGGAUCGAAUACGGGCUGCUGUCAAGACGGUCAAGGGGUACACGGGCCUGAGGAACUCGGAGCGGGUGUAUGAGCUCCUGGAAGAAGUCUGGGGCUGCAUGGCGCGCGGUGAAUGGGGACGCGUCUGGGACUGGCAGGACCUUGCCAAGAGCAUGGGAUGCGAUGUCCUGUGCUGUUGA